UUGCGCAACACCACACGGCGGCCUCAAAAGAGAACAGCAGAUGUUAACCAAAGCCUGCGGAGAAGAUCAGCCGUCAUCAUUGGUGCUUCUUCUUCUUGAUGGCUCGUGAGAGCAGACGGGAUGAAGAGUGGAACAUCUCUUUGGCCGGCUGCGGCUUCAGGAGCGUCUACUACCUGGGAGCGUUGACUUGCAUCCUGGAGCGAGCGCCCCAUCUCGUUCACGGUGCUUCCAGAAUCUGCGGUGCGUCGUCGGGAUGCCUCGUGGCCGCGGCGCUGACCGUCGGGCUUCCCGUUGAACACUUGUGUGUGGACGUGUUGAGCGUGGCCAAGGAGGCCAGAAGACACCGUUUGAGCGUCUUCCACCCGACCUUCAGCCUCCUGCGGACACUGCGACACUCCCUGAGUGAGAAGCUUCCAGAAGACGCUCAUCUGCGGGCCUCAGGGAGGCUCUGCGUGUCCCUCACCAGAAUAUCCGACGGGAAGAACGUCCUGGUGUCUCAGUUUGACAGCAGGGACGAGCUCAUCCAGGUGCUGAUGUGCAGCUGCUUCUUCCCCAUUUACUGUGGCUUCAUCCCGCCUUCAUAUCGUGGAGAGCUGUUCAUGGAUGGUGCCUUGAGUAACAACAUGCCGCUGUUCGAGCAGCCUAACACCAUCACCAUGGCCCCCUUCUCCAGCGAGAGCGACAUCUGCCCCAGAGACGCCGCCUUCACAUUCGUGUCCGUGCACUAUGCUAACCUCAGCAUCCAUGUGACCAUGGACAACGUGCACCGCGUCUGCACAUCCUUCCUUCCCCCUGCACUCGAGGAGUUGGCUGACAUCUGUCGCAGUGGCUAUGUGGAUGCUCUUCAUUUCCUGAGACAAGAAGGUCUGCCUGAAACAUCUUCCUCACAGGCCAAGAUGGACAGUCCAAAGACAGCUGAUGGAAAUCUCCAGGGGCUGGAGCAGAAACACAGAGAGAACCUUCCACUUAGCUUCAAAAGAGUGCUGUGUGCAGCGUGCAGGGACACAGGUCACAUCAGUGCUGGUAGAGCCCAUCCACUCAGAACUUGGUUCUGCCUGCUGACUCCACUCAUGUUGACUGCAGAGUUGAUCUCCUUCUUCUUAAAGAGCCUGCUGGUGACCACCACCAACCUCAUUGCACAGUGGCGACCAUGACAAGAUGGCAGGAGGACAUCGUGGCCUCACGUCUCCUUCUCAUGAGCCAUCGCCUCCCGCUCCUCCGCUGACACCUGACCCAUCUGCGAACGAUUGCGACAUCCAUUGCCUAUCUGGAAGUUGGCCUUCUGAACUUUGCGAUGUGCUUGCCUCCUGUGCUCGCUCUGCUGGGUAGGGUCAGACGGGGACACACAAAUGUGAGGUUACAAUAUAACCGCAUCCUUACUUCUGCCAAGGAUGAUUCAGGUCAAAGUUAGAGUAUCGUUUCUGUGUUUUUACUGCAUUUAAAUGGCUCAAACAAGAUGUCAGAUUGACGUGUGUGUGUAUGUGUGUGUGUGUGUGUGCUUACCUGAGUUUUCACUUGGUGAGAAGGAACAGUGUCCGUUGGCCUGACUCUGGCCUCCUUCAGCUCCUGGCUCCACGUAUGCUCCACCAUAUGCGUCCUCGUAGCCUGGAUCGUACUGCUCCUCCUUGAUGGCGAGCCUCUUGGCAUCCUCUGUGGACACACACAGAAGUGUCAAGUAAACACAGCAUCUCACCAGCAUCAUCAUCAUCAUUCAUACCUUUGGCCAGCUUCAAGUCAAAGGAGUAGUUGACCUCCUCGAUCUCUCUGGGCCUGAGUGCGCCCCGUAGCUCAUCUCUGAGCUCCCUCAGCUUGAUGUAAAAGUGUACUUUGUCCUGAGCGCGAGGGAACUGAGCACAGCGAGCGCUGGAUGAGGGCAUCAGGUACAGAGCCUGCGAGCAAUGGACAAGACAUUUCAGGACUGCUUUCUUGACUUUACAUUGAAAUUUACAGGAUUUUGCUGACUUUUGAUUGAUGCCGACACACAAUGUCCCAUUUCAUUUGUCUUUAAUGUACAAUGAUGUACUCCUUAUUUGAAUAUUAAUUGGUGUUUAACACCACCAUAAAUGUACUUUGAAUUGAAAUAAAAUAACAUGU